AUGGACGAUGUUAAAAAAGUCGAAAGAAAGAGGAGAAGAUUUACCGCGCGUCUAAAAAGCUCGAAAGGCAUAAUAUGUUCAGAUGACCCAGGACCAAAUAUACUUUUAUGUAACGUGGGUCAAGCAACAUCAUUUGAUAAAUCAAAUGUUAUUAAGAUGUUAAAUGAUCUACCAAAUGUUAAACUUACGAAAUUUGUAGCUGAGAAGGGCGAAUCACAUUGUUUCGUAGUCUUUAAUAGUGUGGAUAGUGCUAAACUGUUUUUUGAUACAUACAAUGGAAAAGAAAGGGCUAAUAAUGUCCCAAUUUAUAUGAACUAUGUUGACAAAGUGCCAAACACGGAAAUUGUAUGUACAUCAAAAAAUCCUGAAGGAUUACAUUUAAUUGAGAAUUUUAUAACAGAAACUGAGGAGAGAGAGCUUUUAAAGCUCUUUGACUGGAUAGAGGAGUCAAACUUAAAAAAUCGACAAGUAAAACAUUAUGGUUAUGAGUUUAGAUAUGGAAGUAAUGAUGUUGACUUAGAUAAUCCCUUAAUUGAGAAAAUACCGCCUGAGUGCGAUGCCCUCUGGGAGAGAUUAAAAGGUCACGGCAUUGAUUUUAGGAUACCUGACCAAUUGACAGUAAAUAAAUACAUCCCAGGACAAGGCAUUCCAUCUCAUGUAGAUAGACAUAGUCCGUUCGAUAACACAAUAUUAUCUCUGUCAUUGGGUUCAUCUGUCGUAAUGGAUUGGAAACAUCACAGCGGUAGAUACGUUCCACUAGUAGUACUGGCUAGAUCAAUGCUUGUGAUGCAAGGGGAGGCAAGAUAUGACUGGCAACAUGGAAUUCAACCAAGAACAUGGGACCCUAUUAUAGAAACCCGUAAUUCAAGCAUUGACAAGUCCGAACAUGUCAGGGUUAUAACAAAUAAUACUAUGCCAAGAGAUAUGAGGAUAUCGUUAACGUUUAGAAAAACAAGGCUGGGUCCGUGUGAGUGUGUGUAUAAAACACUUUGUGAUAGUGUUAAUACAAAUAUUAUUGAAAAUGAUGUCGCUUCUAAGUUGGAAGAAGUUCACGUACAUCAGGUAUAUGAACAAAUAGCAGGUCACUUCAGCUCAACUCGACACAAACCUUGGCCAAAAGUGGUGGAAUUCCUCAAAGAUGUAUCACCUGGCUCUAUAGUUUUAGAUUUGGGAGCUGGAAAUGGCAAAAAUGUGUUGAAACGUAAUGAUAUCUUGCAAAUAGCAGGUGAACGUAGCACUGGCCUAUUAUCCGAAUGUAAGGCGUAUACAAGCGACGUGCCAGGAGCCGAUUGUGUAAGACUCGACCUCUUGCAAGCUGGGGUACGAGAGAAUGUUGCUGAUGUCGUCAUAUGUAUCGCGGUUAUACACCAUUUUAGUAAUCAGAUGAGAAGACAGCAGGCAAUAUCGACAAUAGCGAGUAUUUUGCGUCCCGGUGGUCGAGCCCUCAUAACAGUGUGGGCUAAAGAUCAAACCAAGUCAAAUUACCUUUGCAAAGAUAAGGAAAAUCACGAUACUAGCGUACAUUCGACGCUCGGUAUAAAUUUACCGGUACACGAAAACAGAACCCAAUUCAAAUAUAACGAUCUUCUAGUUCCGUGGAAAUUGAGGAUAAUCAAGGAUAAGAAACUAGAAAAUGAAUCAAAAACAACGCUGCUUAGAUACUAUCACGUGUUCGAAGAAGGGGAAUUAGACAAAUUGUGUGAUUUACCUAAUUUAAUUGUUGAGAAAAGUUUCUAUGAGGAGGGAAACUGGUGUGUUAUCUGUAGAAAGGUUUAAUAAAUGAUAUUUAAAAA